AUGUCAGCACUUGAAGCUUUUGUAAAUGAGCAGAAGAAAAAAGGAGGCCUCGGCACCUCGGCUUCAUUCUCUUCGCUGGGUGAUCUGAGGAAUAAGCUGCCGAAUUCGGUGUCGAUUGGCGGAUUUUCGCUCUUUAGCAGGGCCGAAACCUCUGACACCCAAGUACUCAUUGAGGGAGACGAUGCUGAUGCUCAAUUACCACAAGGCAAAAACAGAAAAAAUGGCGCCGGUUGGUUUGGGAUGGCGUCGGCGGAUGAAGGAAUGUGUGGAUUGAGUAGAACACAACGACUGUUCGCCUUCUUCCUAUCGUUGAUUGGGGCUGUGUUCUGUUUUACGAUGGCAGCAUUCCUCAUCCCGGUCAUAAUCAUCUCCACGCGGAAAUUUGCCGCUCUGAACACGCUCGGCUCGGUGAUGCUGAUUCUUAGUUUCGCCUUUUUAUGGGGCCCAUCGGCAUACUUCACUCAUCUGCUUUCGCCACAGCGCCGUCUCGUCACCGUCGCCUAUUUUUCGGCGCUUUUCGCCACUCUCUACUCAUCACUUUUGGUUGACGUU